AUCAGCAGAAUCGUAAUGACGUUCUGCAAGCGUUUCGCACUCUCGAGUCGGUUUCUUGUGUCGUCUUCAAGGAAGCCACGCGCGAUCAGCCUGACUAUUUGAAUAUCACCUCGGACAAAGUGGGCUGUUUCGCCGCAGCGGGCUACCAAGGCGGUCCACAAGAGCUCAAUUUGUCCCCAGAUGGCUGCUUCCAACACGGCGUUAUUGUGCAUGAGGUUCUGCAUUCCUUGGGCUUUCACCAUCAGCAAAGCACGUGGAAUCGUGAUGAAUAUGUUCGAAUACAAUAUGAAAACAUACAAGAGAACAUGGAAUACAACUUCAGAAAGUUCCGCAAGGACGAAGUGGACAAUUUCGGCGAGGAAUAUGACUACGGCAGCAUCAUGCACUACUAUGCCACAGCACUAUCCAAGAAUGACAAACCAACCAUUGUGCCGUUGAUCAAGGGCUACGAGAAGUUAAUCGGAACUCGA